AUGGACGUCCUAGCCGAGCUAGAGCACCUAGCUGCCCAAGCGACACAAGUCGACAACCUUGACAACCAGGCAGACCUACCCACGGUCGAGCGGUGGAACGGAAGCAAGCUGCAGAAAGACGAGGACAUACUGGAGCAUACGCAUGACGAGGAUGAGGGCAGCAAAGCUUCGUUCUGCAAGAUAGACGGCACAGCGAAGAUCGCGAUUGUGAGAUGGCUCACGAACAAUCGACCCACCUACCGGCCGAUCUUCAUCCGGAUCACUCAAGCGGAAAAGGAGUUAUCGCCAAUCAGCCUCGCGCCAUUCCUCGGCAUCGACGCGACACUGCCGCAAUAUCGAGCCACGGAAGCAGACGCAAGUAUCAAACCAGCGCAAAACCAGUACCCGGUGUGGCACUUUUUUUAUGGGAUGUUGGCAGAGCCGUCGAUUCUCUCGUGGGUCCUCGAGCUUCCUGAAGGCACUUGUCCCCAACUCCAGCCAGCUCGCACGAGAGGCGGUGUUCUUGUGGCCUGGGGAGGCAAGUACAGAGCGAUGACGGAUGCCCCAUCAAACAAUACAGAAGCGUGGGUCGUUGACGGGCAAGCCUUUCUCGUCACAGACGAAGUAUCCGAGGGCAAGCUUCGCUUCUUCAAAACUGAGCAGUAUGAAGUUGUGCGGUGCGAUAUCGAGAUGCUGGACUCUGGGGAAAGCAUCAGAGGCCUCACCUUCAGAUUUGGCGCAUGA